ACUUACUCACUCCUUUCACAAACCCAAACCCUCAUUCUAAAAAAUGGGGUCUCGCUCUCAAAACCUCUCCUUUCUCGUUCUCCUCCUCCUUGGCUUCGUUGCCGUCUCAUAUGCUUGCGACUUCGUGACACCGCCAACACCAACACCACCCGUAGUAACACCACCGACACCAACUCCUCCUACGCCUAUUCCAGAGACCUGCCCAAUCGACACGCUGAAGCUAGGCGCUUGUGUGGACGUUCUUGGAGGUUUGAUUCACAUCGGGCUAGGGAAAAGCCACGCCAAGGAAGAGUGUUGUCCGGUUUUGGGAGGUUUACUUGACCUAGACGCAGCCGUUUGUCUAUGUACCACCAUUAAGCUCAAACUUCUCAACAUCGACCUUAUUCUCCCCAUUGCUCUUGAGCUUCUUCUCGACUGUGGAAAAACUCCACCACCUGGCUUCAAAUGUCCUGCUUAAUCAAUGUAGAACGUUGAGAGUCUCUGGACGACUCCAAAGGUUUCGUUUCUUCAAGAAUCUGUUAGCUCAUGAUCUCUUUGGUAAUGGGAAGUUGAUUUGCGUGUGUGCGACCUUUAGUUACAUGUUUCAUUUGAUACAAUAAAAGGCGUUGUAAUUU